GUUCAGCGAGCAAGACAUUCGAAUUGCUUUGUCUCGCGCGAGUAUCUAUAAAUAUAUGCGAGAGCUGGCGAUCCGAUCGAAACCGUUGCAGGGUCUAAUCACGAUUAUCGGAAAAGAUUACCAUUUUUUACCGCAAAAUUUUUCACCCCUAGAAACAUUUCCGGAUUUUGUUCGGUGUAGCUGACACGAACCUCGGAGGAGGACGCCGACCCCGUUGAAGGAUAUGACGAAUUUGUGAAAUGUUGGUGGAGGAAAUCGAGAAUUCGAGAAACCAUCAUCGCUUACUGCAGUAACGGUUCAAUUUACAUCCCUUGGAGUGUAAUAACUCGAGUGCUGUUAAUAGAAACCGUAAAACCGACGUUGGAAAACCUUAUUGAAGAAUGUUGCGAGUUUUCGCUGGGAAAAUGAGGUGAUAGGAAACAUUUUUUUGUUACAACCUGAAAAGUUUUUCGCCAGCAACUUUGUGAUGUCUGCCGAUUUGUACAGACCCUCGUAUAAAAUUAGCUGAACGCGCCGCGUUUAGCAGAAGUAUUUCGACGAGUUAUUAAUACCGACCGAGAUUUAGCGAAAGUAAACCGAUAUUAUAAAUAUUUCGAUAUUUAUGCCCGCCGUGUACAGUAUUGCGGCGGAUACGCUGAAAUCGCAGUUGCUGCGAUCAGAAAACAAGAUAAAGUACGAUAAGAGCAGCGGUCACGUGUAUGUGUGUAUAAAUAUGCGUAAGUCAACCUGUGAUGUUAUAUACACGGUACGUAUCAAGUUUACUUGUUGCAGUUGACAAACGAAGUGUGUCUGUGGUGAUUCAAUGCGAUCCGAGUGAUGAAACUGCUUGAGAAUUUCAUCGAUCCGCAACGACGUGUCGUAUAGUACUGGUUGAACGUUGAUGGUUAAUGCAUUCCUCCUGCAGUUAAAUCAUUCGUACAAUUGUCCGGUGUUAUAGUCUCAGUGUGAAACAAAACGUGUACGCGACACGAUAAAGGCAAGUCAAUAAAAAAAAAGUGUAAAAGGAAAAAAAAAUAAUAAAAAAAAAAAACCUAUUUAGCAAGCAACGACGCUGAUAAUAAACAACGACAGCUUGGCGACAGUCACGAAUUACGAUAUAGUUUAAUCUUCUUAUAAAGAGAGACGCCCACGUCGUCGACCCUUCCUCCUCUCCCCAUAACCGUUUGUCACGCUAAAAGCUUGUAAAAUCCUUUCCUCUUCGGUGUAAACUUUCUCCUUGAGACGAUUUUGCAAAAUCGAAAGUUUAACCUGGCUCCGUGUUGAUGUUAAUAUAUACCGCGGGCGAACUGUAUUACAACGUGAAGACGUCGGGUACGAUAAAAAUAAAGUAAAAAUAAAAUCAUCGAUAUGUUGCGCAAUAAGGGAUGAAGUGAAAAGCAUCGAGAAUUCGCGCGUCAUUAUAUGAGCUAGCCAGGAUCCCGCUGGCUCGGAGUCGAGUGUUUUUAUCUUGAAAACAUCUGAAAAUGAACGCUAAAUAUAAACCGAAGAAUUUCAGAACCGCGCCGAGCGCCGCUUCUCUAUUUGCACAGUUUUGCCUACUCGAAGACACGACGGCGCUGACGCUCCAGCUGCACAUGCAGUGAUCUACGAUUUAUGAGAAACGGGUAUAGCACCUCGCCUUCGCCGUCUCCAGUUACAUUAUCUUGGUGAAUCACACCGUGUCCUGACCCCCGUGACAGUCCUCAAAAAGGUUUACGAAAAGUACCGUUGUCUGGUGGAAGUGGAAGUGGAAGUUGAAGUUGAAGUUGGAGUGCCAAGUGCGAAUCCUUUCUCUCUUCGGCUCCUUUUCUUGACCUACAGAUGCGAACAGAGUGUCAACGCAAAAUGUUGAUCACCAAGUACACGACGAUUUUACUGCAAUCUACGAAUCAGCACAUCAUAAGGAGUGAUGUAUUCCUGGAACCCUACUUACAACAGCAUGGCACUGUUCAGGUCAUCAAUUCUCCGAGCACUCCGCCACCGCUACCUGUUCCAUUGCAACAUCUACAACUUGCACAACUGCAUCACGUACAGAGCGAAGAAUCGCUCUCCUCCGAAGGAUCGGGCAGUACGGGAAGUUCGGCGAGUUCCUCGGAUCAUUCGGGAAGCGAAGUUGCCUGUGACAUCACCCUGAUCGAGAGGCUCAUUCGUUCCCAUCCGAUAUGGUUCCUUCCAGGCAUUCAGAGGGCCGGGGCAUUCCACUUAUUGCAAGGAAAAGAAGAGGGUAAUUUCGUCGUACGGCAAUCCAGUCAAAGCGACACAAUGGCUUUGUCGGUGAGACUACCCUCAGGCAAGGGUCCUUACAUCGAGCACUAUUUGAUCCAGGCCAACAGGGGCCAGCUCAGCCUGGAAACCAGUGAAAAUAGAUUCGACAAUAUCCCCUCAUUGAUAGCGCAUUAUUCCCAAUGCUGCAGUGACGAAUUACCCGUGCAGCUUACUUUGCCACGGGCAAUGCGCGAGGCUAAAAACAGGCAACAACUCUCAUCACUCGCACUUUUGGGCCAAGAGUUUUGGAGAUAUCCAAUGGCUAAUCCAAAACCUCCCGAAAGCAGCAGCAGCAAUACGUCAAGCUUGAGCAGCUUCCACGGCGGUAACAACAAUAAUCCAAACACGCCAACAACGGAAAGUAUAGUUCUCAAUCUUGCUCCAAUUUCGACGCAUAAUACAACAGCAAAUUCGUCGCCGACGAACACGAUAGCGACGUCAUCAUUUCAGUCGUCGUUACCGAGACAACCGAGGCCUACGCCCCCGAACACGCUAAACUUGACGACGUUUAACGAGCCGUUAGAUACGAAAAAAGAUAAAGUUGAGAAAGUAGUCUCACCCGCUGACAAAUUACUCUCUCAAAAAUUGAUCUCGCCAAAUUUGGUACAAAGCGUUCGGUGCCCCUCGCCGGUAGUUCACAAUGUACAAAACAACGUUCUCAGCCCCUCGGAGGCGAAGGCUAAUUUCGAAUCUUCUAAAAGUAUAACGGAAUUUUCGAAAAAUAAUAAAUUCUCAAUUAACACGUCGUCGUCAACAUCGAAUUUCCAUCAAAAUAUAGCGAAUUUCAAUCAAUUUUCUAACGCCAAUUCACCCGUUAUACCCGAGGUCAAGGGUAUUGUUUUGGACAACCAAACUCUCGUUCAAAAUGUAAAAACUCCCCCACCCCCGCCUCCACGGUGGGCCAAACCCGGGAUUAGUCAGAGUCAGAGUAACUUCACCGUGACGACUACGGUCACCUUUAAUGUAAACCAAAAUGGAGACGUCGGAACUUCGCUGCAAAACACACCGUCGGAUCCAAGCACUUCUCUGCUCAGUCCUCAAAGUAUGAAUUCUAACAAAUCGCUGACGUCGAGCAUCUCUACUAACAAAUCGCCACUAUCGCCGACGACCCCGAUACUUUCGCCCAGCUCUAAAAUAGUCUCGAGCAUUGGCUCGAAAACGCCCAAUGUCCUGUCACCAACGACACCCUCUGGAACGAGUAAAUCUAAGAGAAGACGAGACAGAGAGGCCAGAAAGAAUUCACAGCAUUAUCAGGAAUCCGACAUAUUAGACUCGUAUUACAGAAGCUCUCCAGGAGAUAAAAUAUCGGACUAUGAAGAUAUUUGGAAUACGACCGAUCAAUCCAAUCACUCCACUUGGUCCCCGAACGAAAAAUCGGGGAAAAAUGACAAGAUCACCAGCCCGAAUGACCGACUGAUCAACUCUAAUGAUCGCGCUAAUAUCCAAGACAGGUCGUUGGAUCUGAACGAGCGAUGCGCCAAUGAGAGGUUGUCGGAAAACGAUCAAUUCCUCCUUAAAAAGGAGAAGUUUUUACUGAGGAACGACAGAAAAAUCGCUGGGGGGAAUACGGAGAAACUUAGCUACAAAGAAGUUACCAGUCCCGAGUUCAGCAGUUUUAAACCCUUCGUCGAAAAUCACGGUCUAAAAUGUUUGGAUUCGGGUUCUCCGGAGGAAAACGGAAUGGGAAAAAGACCGGAUCUGCUUUCCAGAGUUUGCAGUGCCAAUUCUUUGAGUAGCCCAAACACAACGACACCUCCAAGAAAUAAGCUGGGUCUGAUGCUGGCAAAAUCUGAGAGCAGCAGUCCAAUGACGCCCGAGUCGAAGCAGGGUAGUCCGUUUUACGCAGAACCAGCUGAUGCGAUAGCUCAAAGUACGGCAAUCGUGGCUCGAAGACGUCCGAGAAACAUUCCUGUGUCAAGCAAAUAUCGUCACAGCGAGCCUGGCUGGCUUCAAACCCCCGUCGGAGCGAAUGCCAAUCAGCUUCAUCCCAUAGAUUGGGAUGAUACCGAGGAAGCAGAGGACAAAACACCGCUGAUAUCUUCUUCGGUAGAUAACUUAGCCAAGCGUCUGGGUGUCAGAGAGAUCAAAAAAAUUCCUAGAGCAAAACCAGUCCAGCCACCUAAAGUCAGAACUAAAAUGUUCAAUGACACUUCCUGGGCUGUCGAUUCUAGCUGGGAAUUUAUCGGGAAUGAAGAAGAAGAAUGCGAACCAGAUUAUGACUGUGACAUUGACUAUGACGGAGAUAUGGCCAGGAAAUUCCCAGACGACGAUGUUGAAAGGGAUGCUGUUGGAAAUACCUUGACUGUUCAGAGUAUCAUACUUCAAAGGUACCCUGAGUUUCUAAAACCUCCGGAUGCCAUGGAAACCCUCGGCAGCGAUCGGAAUUCUUCGUACGAUAACGUUGAGAAGAGGAAUGAGAGAAACGAAAGAAAUGAGAGAAUUGAAACACCAGAUUCGCGGAGAUGCAUGGAUCUUCGUGCCUACGAUCCAUCCGAAUGGGAAACUAUGCUAGAGACUGACGAAAGCGACGUUGAAAGAAUAAAACGAAACAAAAGCUUCAAGGAACGUCUAGACCCACUUUUAUCACCUCCAAGACUUCAAGCUUUGAGAAAUCGAGAAACAGGAACAGGAUCGACAAUACGUUGUUACGCGUUGCAGCUUGCCGUAGAUAAAACGACAACAUUUUCACAAAACAUUGAUAAUUUUAUUCAAUGCACAAAAGAGGGAAAGGAGGCCAGUCCGCAUGUUGUCAUGAGAAACAUGCGGCAAUUCAUGUCUGGUAUGAAAAACUACUUGGUAAAACACGGAGAAAGAGAAUUUGAAAAGGAAGUUGAGAAGGAAAGACUGAAACUAAAGCCAAACGAAUUCCUGAACCUCGAUGCUAUAUUGGAAGGAGUGAUGAUGGGUCUCGUCGUUAGACCUCUCAAAGAACACGUGUAUCGACUCUUCGUGGACCAUUACACGGCGACAGGUUCCUUGCGCACAUUGGCAGACAGUAUUCAGUACGCUUAUGGAAAACAUAUUCAAGAACUAGGAGUUCGGCCAAAACUCUUUCCACCAAGUGAAGCAAACCUAGAGAUCAUUCUCAAGUAUAUCGACCGUCUGCAAAAGGCAGAUUCUCCCUUGGAUAAAUUAGAAAAUCUACUGGCAGCUAUAUCUGCAAUAUUUAAUUCUGUAAAACAAUCAAACUCAGACAGUGAAAUUGUGUUGGGAGCUGACGACCUGCUGCCACUUUUGGUCUGGGUGUUGGUGCGCGGUCGAGUCUGGGGAGCUGAAGUUGAAGCAGAAUACAUGUGGGGUUUACUGCAUCCGUCUCUGCUGACUGGAGAGGGUGGUUAUUACCUGACAACACUGUCUAGUGCUGUUCAUGUGUUGAAAACUUUCAAAUCAAGCCAAGGAACAAUGUCUACAUUAAAUGGCUCUGGAACCCCAGACUGCUCUUCCGUACUAAGAAUACUGAUCCCAGAUGAACUACAUGGUUCGUUAAACACUAGAACUUUGCCCGUUCGUCCGAACAACAACACUCGGGAAAUAUGCCGUAUUCUGGCACACAAGAUUCGUUGCACAAAUCCACAAGAUUAUGGCCUCUUCAAAUUAGUCCAAGGCGAGGAAACGCUACUCGGUGAUCACGAAUGCCCCCAAGAAUUAUCUCACUGUGUAUUUGCCUACAAGCGAAUCGAUGCCAAGAUUGCCUGGCCAAAAACGAGUUCAUAAGUAAUAAUAUAAGUCAAUACCGAAAUUUCAUUUAUGCAAUCAUGAACUAUCUGAGUAUAUCACAUUAUUUUAAUCGGUUCACAAAUAUCUUACAAAUAUUCGACAAUGUUAAGUCUUUCUGAAAGACGUAAAUAGUAACACAGAACGUAUUUCUGAAUCGACAGUACUACUAAUCCUAAUAAACAGGUAAAUUUUUUAUCGUGAUUGGUCUUUUUUUCUCAAUUGAUUAAGAGAAAAAAAUUGAGGCAAUAAUAAUUCAACCAGAAACGAUACUCGUCAUAAUGCUACGAGUUGCACGUCAUGCAUAUUAUUCAAUCCAGCAGCGAUCAAAUAUUUUGAACUCAAAAUUAUAUAUAUCAUUAUGAAUGACAGCUGAACUUGAAACAUAGAACCGAUUGAACGACUUAUCUAGUUAUGACCUAUCACCUUCUGAGCUAUUUAUUUCGAAAUGUAUAACCGAAAAAUAUACAAUCAAUUGAUCUAUUAUGAUAUUGAAGCAUUUUUCUGUAGCAUGAGCAACAGUGGUCGGCUUCCCUUCAAUGAUAGAUCUUCUGUUCAUCACUGCCAGAGUAAAUGAAUUAUUUAAAACUUCAUGUGAUCUAACUCAUGUAAUCAAUCUAAACAACAUUGUCAAGUAAUGUCACUCAGUAUUCGAGAUUAGUUACACAUCUACAAUAAUUACAUUAAUAAUUAGCUUUAUCAAUAUCCUUGGACAAGCUUUAAAAUAAAAUUCAGCUGGUAGGGAAUGAGAAAGCAAAAUUCUUCGAGAGUCUUGAAACACUCCUUCCACCAUUUCUGUCACUAUUUCAUCAACUCUUAGCAACAUGAAGGUCUGAUUAUAAUUUGACUCGCAAUAAAUACGAUUCAUUAGGCGCAAAAUGUUCAUUUCUUUUUCUAACGAUCUUACUUGUCUCUAGUGAAAGAAUUAUUAAUUUCAAGUCAUCUUACACCGCCUGCUCAUUCCUACAAGUUUCUGACGUCUAGGGUAUCUGAGCUUUUAUUUCAGAGCUUGUUCUCAAGAUAUAAAUAUAUACAUUUUCUAUAACCAAGCAGAUUUGUAGCAAAUUUCGUAAAACAAAAUUUAGAUUAGAAUACGAAAAGUUAGGAUAGAAUCUAUUUUAAGUACUUUUUAUGAAACUGAGCUAGUUAGCUGGUAAGCGAGCGAUAUUUUAUGCAGAACAAUAUUUAUUUAACGCUGUAUACAUUUUUCUCUUAACAAUUAUUAUAGAUAAUUACUUAGUGGUAAUUUUAAUUCGGAUUCAACUAAGGCUGGCUUAACAUUAAGAAAUAAUUAGUUUGAUAUUGUUGCCAUCGUUCUUCGUCAAACAACGUAUAGCUAAACUCAUUGCAAUUCGAAUAAUUUGCAGGCAGUAUUUCAGCCCACACAAAAUUUAUGGAUAGUAUUCGUAAUUUCUCAAGAAACAAAACGAAUUUUUUUAAUUCUAUGAACAGUGAAACAAAAUUUAGUAUACUACGUCCUUUAUUUUAUGGCAGUUGCAAAUUUAGAAAUAUGUAUCAAUAAAUUGUAGGCACUACAAAUGUUUUCCAGGGUUUGUCUGACGGUUAACAUGCAAACUGAUUUGUUAAUUUUAUCUUGUAUAUUUACUGAAUCUAUUUAUUAAAAGCAUUUUGUUAUUUCUAUCUAUAGUGUCAGUACCCUGUAUGUGCUUUGUUGAUUAACGGUUAUUCUUAAUUUUAAAUACAUAUAUAUGCUUCUAAUAUGCUAGUCAGUCAAAAUGAACGAGAAGUUUGAACCUAUUUCGAAUGGUAUACUUACGAAACUUUAAUCCAUCAAAAUUGUACCUCUUAUUAUUGUAACAUGUACAUGUACGCUCAAUAAACACUUUUCUAUAAUUCGAA